GCUGUUCAUUGUGCUCCCAAGCUCCUCGCCUACACUCAGGCACUGCCCUAAUCGUCCGUCUGUACUUCUCUUCCCCGACAAGACGACCUGAACAUCGGAGAAUUCGGGCAUAAAGAGCUGAGUAACCAAGUUGGGAAUGGCGAGCGCUGUUGAUGCUUCGGGGAAUCCGAUCCCAACGUCGUCCGUGUUGAUGGCGGCGUCUAAGCACAUUGGGGUAAAAUGUCACUCGGAGAAUUUGGAUUUCCUGAGAUGCAAGAAGAAGGAUCCAAACCCUGAGAAGUGUCUCGAUAAAGGUCGGGAGGUUACCCGCUGUGUCCUCAACCUGCUAAAGGAUCUACACAAGAAGUGCACAAAGGAGAUGGAUGAGUACGUGGGAUGCAUGUACUAUUACACAAAUGAAUUUGAAAUGUGUCGCAAAGAGCAGCAAGCAUUUGAGAAAGCAUGCCCCCUAGAAUGAAACCCUGCCCUUUCCCUUUAUGUUUACAUUAAUAACACAGGCUGACUCGCAGUGAGUGACCCAAUUCUCCAUUUUUCUUAAAUUACUGUAUCACUUGGUUUUUAUGGCAUUUUUUUUAAUGUCUAUGUUGCUCAUCUAAAAAAUUGCGUGAGAAAUGCUUCCGAAUUGGGCAUUUAUUAUCUUUCAAACAUAAUAAUUGGUUAGUACUGUUGAUGUUAGGUCUUGCUUGUAGUGUAAUAAUCAUUUUGGCAUUGGCAAA